AUGGAUUCAGAAUAUUUAGCUCAACCAAGUAAAAUUUCUAUCGAUAUACAUGUAUUUCAAGAAUUAAUUCAAUAUAAAGAAGAUGCUUUAAAAUUAGAAUUUGAAAAAAAUCAAUAUAUUCUUGAAAUUAAUAAUCUAAAUCAUAUAAUUGAAAAUUUAAACAAUAAUAUUAUUGCAAUUCAAUAUAAAAAUUCUAUUGAAAUUUCAGAAUUAAAAAAUUAUUAUGAACCUGAAAUUUUUAAUUUAAAAAAUAAAUAUAAUGAAAUUUUACAAAAUAAUAAAAGUGAAAUUUCAAAUUUAAAAAAUUAUUAUGAAAAUGAAAUUAUAAAUCUAAAAACUAAUUAUGAAACUGAAAUAUUAAAUUUAAAAAAUUAUAAUAAAUCUGAAAUUUUUAAAUUAAAAGAUAAUUAUAAUCAAAGUAAAAAUGAUUAUAAUAUUGAAAUAAUUAAUUUAAAAAAUAAAAUUUUUUCUUUGGAACAAGAAUUAAAAAAUCCAUCUAUAGAUUUAUUUUCAAAUUUUUUUGAAGAAAAUAUUAAUAAUUUAUCUAAUUUAUUAUACAAAAAACAAUAUGAUGAAAAAUGUUUUCCACCUACAGAUUCAUUUGAAUUUAUGAAUAUGAUUGAUUCUUUUAAUUUAAAACUAUUUGUUUUAAUAUUUUUUAAUAUAUUUAAAUCUAAUAUUAAUCAAAGUUCAAAAUCUAUUGAAAAACUUAAAAUUAGAAUAAUGUUAUUAAUAUAUGAUUUAGCUGGAUUAAAAAAUAACAAAAUUAACAAUGUAAAAAAUUCAAUUGGAAGUUUUUUACUUAAAGCUGGCCUUUCAAAAAGAGCAAUUAAUUUAUUAUUAUAUUUUGGAUAUAUUUCAAGAUUAAUUUCUAUUAAUCAUCUUAAUAAUGCAUUAGCUAAUGAAUUACGUAAUAAUUUAAUUAGUUAUAACAGUCAUAAAUUAGAGUGGAAAAAUAUUUUAGAUAUUUCAACAUUUUCAGCUGAAUCAUUAAUAGAAUCUUUAUCAGUUCAUAUGUAUGAUGGUACUCUUGAAAAUCAACAUAUAAGAAAUUUUUAUAAUACAAAACUUGUUUAUUUUAUUUCAUCUGAUUUAAAAAAUACAGAUGAUUAUUUACAAAUUAUUAAUAAUUUAAUAGAAUUUUCAGAUAUUAAAGAAUAUUUAAAUAAUAAUAUAAUAAUUGCACCUAUGGAUUUUCCUGAAAUUAAUUAUUUUGUACCAAUGCUUGGUCCUUUACAUAUUUCAUUAAAUACUAGAGAAACAUGUAUUAUUAAAUUUCAUCCAUUUUUUAAUAAAUUAUAUAAAGAUGUUUUUAAUAAAAAAAGAAAUUUAGCAGAAAAACCAAAACCAUGGCAAAUAAAUUUAUUACUUUAUAUUGCUCAUGCUGGAUGGAUUAAAAUAAAAUCUGAAAUUCUUGAAGCUUUUAAAAAUUCUAAAAAUGGUGGUUUUUAUUCAUUAUUAAAUCUUUUAGAUAAUAUUAUACCUUCAACAUUAGAUAUUUAUACAAAUUUAUUUAAAAAUAAUCAUUUUGAAUAUUAUUAUGAAACAAUAUUUCGAUUAUGGAU